AUGCUUGGUACAGUUCGCCGAUUCGGCGUUUCCCAUGCGCUGCGCGCUGCUGCGCCUCGCUCAGUCUCAGCACGAUGGGUUCCUCAGCUUCCGAAAUGGCAAGCUCCCUCGACCUUGUCAUCUGUUGCCGCGACCAGAUCGCUUCAUUCCUCUUUCCCGCGUCUGUCUGCAGCUACUGCAGAGGCAUUUGACAACCACAACGAGACUUCACAACCCGCAAGAAUCACAGAAUUUGCUGACUUGGCCUCAAAUAAUGUCAUUGACAACACGAUCAUUAAGAACAUCAUCCAAGCUGACCGGAUGAACUUGAAAACUAUGACUGAGGUGCAGUCUCUUACUCUUAACGAGAUUGUCAAGGGUGAUGAUAUCCUCGCUCAGGCCAAAACAGGAACCGGAAAGACACUUGCUUUCCUUGUGCCUACUCUCCAAAAUAUUUUGAAUGAUCCUAGCGUCGACGUGUCCAAAGUUGGCCGUCGUCAAGCCAGAACUGGCCCUUCCGAAAUCCGUGCUCUUAUCAUUUCCCCUACUCGUGAACUCGCAGAACAGAUCGCCGUUGAGGCUAGAAAGGUGGCCUUUGGCACCGGCCUUAUUGUACAGACUGCUGUUGGUGGUACACAAAAGCGUGCUGGUCUCGCUAAGAUCCAGCGCGAGGGAUGCCAUCUGCUCAUUGGCACUCCGGGACGUCUUAAGGAUAUCCUCUCGGACCCUUGGACUGGCGUUUCCGCCCCCAAGCUGAACACUCUCAUUCUUGACGAGGCUGAUCGUCUCUUGGACCAGGGUUUUGCUCCUGAUGUUGAAGAGAUCCAGGGCAUGCUCCCCGACACUUCCAAGGUGGAUCGCCAGACUCUCAUGUUCUCAGCCACUGUUCCCAAAGAAGUCAUGCAGAUGGUUCGCAAGACCCUGAAGCCAAACUUCCAACACGUUAACACCGUGCGUGAAGAUGAAGUCCCCACCCACCACCGUGUGCCUCAAAAGCUUGUCUACCUGAAUGGUCUUGAAAACGGAUUGCCUGCAGUCCUCGAGCUCGCCAAGAACUGGCAGGCCCGCCGUGACAUUGGCGAAGAGCUGCGUCCUUUCAAGGCUAUCGUCUACCUUAACUCUACUGCCGAGACCAAGAUUUCCGCAGACGCUUUCAACGCCCUGUACAGCUCUUCUGAGUUCCGCCAGUCUUCUUUAGGCGCCAUGAAAAUGCUUGAGAUCAAUUCGCGUCUCUCUCAGCAGCUCCGCACUCGCAGCGCCGAUAACUUCCGCAAGGCUCGCGAGGGCAUUCUGUUCUCCUCCGAUGUGACUGCCCGUGGUAUGGAUUUCCCCGAUGUCACCCACGUCGUCCAGGUCGGUGUUCCUCGUGACCGCGAGACCUACAUUCACCGUCUCGGUCGUACAGGUCGUGCCGGCAAGGAGGGUGAAGGCUGGAUGUUUAUCCACCGUGGCGAGCAAGAUGUUUUCCGCAAGCGUCUUGGCCGUCUCCCCCUCAACCUUGACUCGCAGUCUCUCCCCACUGCCAAUGUUGAUAUGACACAGCCUCAGUCUGACGCCUCACCAGAAGGCAAGACCAUCAACCAGAUUAAGGCUGCCCUGGCCGAUUGUUCCCCCGUCACCAAGAUCCAGUCAUACAUGGGCCAACUCGGUACCGCGACUGGAAACUUCAGCCGCAAGAGAGAGGCCAUACUGGUCCAGCAGAUGGGUCUCGGCUCAAUUGACGGAGUCAAGGUUGGUGAUGGCCGCCCCAGACGCGAGAGCAGCUUCUCCCGCGGUGGGGACCGUGAUGGUUUCUCCCGUGGCGGUGACCGUGGCGGCUUCUCCCGUGGUGGUGACCGUGGUGGAUUCUCCCGCGGCGGUGAUCGCGGUGAUCGCGGUGAUCGCGGUGGCUUUUCCCGUGGCGGCGACCGUGGUGGCUUCUCCCGUGGCCGCAAUGACCGUGGUGACCGUGGUGACCGCGGUGGUUUCUCCCGUGGCAGUGAUCGCAGCUCCGGCCGCGGCCGCUACAACGACCCCUCCUUCAACGAGGACUCCUUCCGGUUCUAG